UAUGGCAUUCCAAAAGGAGUACCUUGAUUUGGUGUUGGUUCCUAGUGGAUUGCUCAUCAUGCUUGCUUACCAUCUCUUCCUUCUCUACAGAUACCUUAAUCUUCCUCACACGACGGCCAUGGGUUUUGAGAACAACGACAAAAUUGCUUGGGUUGAAAGAAUCAUGCAGAUUGAUAAAAGGGAUAUUGGUACGGCUCUAUCCGUGAUAUCAUCCAACAUAUCAGCAGCAACUUUCUUGGCAUCAGUUUCCUUAACUCUCUGCUCUCUGAUUGGAGCUUGGAUGGCAAACUCUUCCAAUAACUUCAUGCAUAGUUUAAUCUAUGGAGAUACAAGGCCUUCCACCAUGUCCAUCAAGUACAUAAGCCUCCUAAUCUGCUUCCUCCUUGCUUUUGCAUGCUUUGUUCAGUCAGCAAGGAGCUUUGUCCAUGCAAACUAUCUACUAAGCACCCCAGAUAGUAACAUUCCUGCAAGAAAUGUGGAAUUGGUGGUUCUGAGGGGUGGUGAUUUUUGGUCACUCGGGCUUAGAGCACUUUAUUUUGCUCUUGAUAUGCUUCUAUGGUUUUUUGGGCCAAUACCCAUGUUUGUUUCCUCAAUCGUUAUGGUGAUAAUCUUCCACUACCUUGAUACAAAUACAACUCUGUUGCAUAAACAUAGUUCUCCACAGAACCAGAUGGUUGAAACCGUGGCUGUCUGAGUAUCCAUGCUAGUAGAUUCGGCGGCCCUCCAGCAUCAUGUUGCCUUCUGUUGUAAUUUUUGAGUUAAACCCUUCUGUUGUAAUUUGCAACCAUAAUCGCUUUUGAGUUGUGCCAUCUGUCGGUCAAACUGGGUGCUGCACCGUAUGCCUAUCCUGUUCCAGUUUGUGUCGAGUCGACUGGUGUGAUC